AAGCCACCCAAACCCUAGCGCUCGCUUCCCCUCUUCUUUCUUUCUCCCCUCGCCGUCGCCUCCUCCUCCUCUCACCCAAACCCUAAUCCCCUCUCCCCCCCGCGAGCCGAGGCCGCGGGCGCGCAGGCAGGCGCGGGUGGGCAAUGGCGGGCAAGGAGGACAGCCGGAUCUUCGUGGGCGGCCUCUCGUUCCACACCGACGAGCGCAAGCUCGAGGACGCCUUCCGCCGCUUCGGCAAGGUCGUCGACACCCAGCCACUUGCUUUGUGAAGCCAAAUGAGCUGGCACAUUUGUGAAGUUGGAUAGAACAGGGAUUCUUUUGUUUGUUUGUCGAAAGAUCAGCUUUGCAGAGAGCAAUCAUGAGUGUUUUGUGCGGAGAAAGCAGCUGUUAACUGCUCUUUGAGGGAAAACUUAGGCUUGAAAUUGCUUUACCAAGAGGUCGUGCUGGUGCUGUUUGCCACAGUUGGAUGCCUGAAGUGAACAUCAGGGCCUGUGAAAUUUGAUCCAGUAAUCUGGGAACCCUUGAUCUAUCUUGCUCUUGGCUGUGUUCUGAUACCUUCAUUCAGCUUGUGGUCUGAUAGAAGAAACAGCAUGUUCUUACAGUGGUAUUACUUGACAAGAAAUGCCUUCACUUUGGCUUUUGCGGUUCCAUGCAUGCCCUGUGAUUUUGAUAGUCUACUAUGCCAACACCACAGUCAGUAGUCUGCAGUUGUGAAGCGGCUCAACAGACAGUCUGUUGUCUGAUGGAAACCUGAAGACAUUUUUCAGUCUUUCAUGUUUAACUGAUUUGAUUUGUUGGUGAUAUACAUCAAAAUAUUUGUUGUCUGUUUUGUGUGGUUGUGUGAAAUAUUAAGAAACCAUGUAACCCAUUUUAAAAUCCUGUGCCAUCUAUGCGACUAGAAUUCUUCACAUAUGUUGUCAUAUUUUUCUAUUCUUGAAUCUUGAUACGAGUGCCAUGAUUUGUUUGGUAUGUCAGUACUCUGUUCGUUGGCCAAAAAAUUGUUCUGUUUUCUGCUCCUAGUUUCUAAGAGCAUGUUGCAUUAUCUUUUUUGUAAUCAUCAUGUCCCAAUCAUUUAUCUCAUCAUAUCAUAUAUUCAUCUGAAUACCUUUUCUUCAGUUGUUUCUUUCGCUUUUUGGUUUGUAGUCAUAGCCAUUUUUUGUGACAAGUUGGGUGUAAAACAUGUUGUAGUGUGCAACCUGAUCUUAUUGGCUUCAAAAUAAUUUAAGGGAUGUCGUUGCAGCCAAUAAAUCAUGUGGUAGCCGUUGGUAACUUUUGUUAUGAAAACCGAGGGAAGGUGAAAUCCAGAUUUGUUUGUGGUUCGUCACGACAUUGGUGCUGUGUAGUGCUCAUGGAAUGACAGUUGAAGGAUAGCUGCUGAAGCAACAUUUGAUGUCAGCACUUCUCACAACCAACCCCACACAUUUGACAUGUCAUGCUUGUUGGAUAUUGCCAACUGCUGUCUCCAUGUGUUGUUUUGCUAUGUUUGAAGAUUCUCUCGUGAGCUUAUCUACCAGACCAGCAUGCCAGUGGUUCAGACAUCGGUGAUGGGCCUGACCGCCUGAGAAUGUUGUUCUUGUUUGGCUUCUGACAGAGUAAUUCACUAAUUUACGGUGAAAAUUUAUUAGAUGGAUCUAACUACUGAACUGGUUUAUGCAUUUAGUCAUAGCAUGAUAUGAUAUGAGUGGGAGUGUUACAAACCUUGAGGCACACUUGGUUGGUAGCCACUUUCAUGCCAAUUGAAGUUCCUUGCUUCUCAGUUAGUAGUUGCUGCAAUUAGUCUAGUUGAUAUGAGAUGUGCUAUAGGAUCCAAACACGACAGGAUUAUCCAGAGCAGUCUAGUUAAUAUGGGUAACAGCAAAAGAUGGUAGCAGCAAGCAUUGUUUGGUUGCUCAAAUGUUUGUUUGCCCGACUGGUUCUCAGUACAACGAGCUUUGCUCUCUCAGGAUAUGUUCAGUCAGAAAGGUAGUUACAGUUACACUCGGCUAUGUGACGGUUUUGAUUUGUUCUGUUGAAUUAUGAAACUCUGGAAUAACCUAAUCCCAAUGCUGCUCAAAAGAUCAUGCUGGAGAGGCACACAAACCGGCACCGUGGCUUUGGCUUCGUGACGUUUUCAGAUCCCAGGGCAGUUGAGACUGCUAUCAACGACAUGCACAACAAAGAGUUAGAUGGUCGUACCAUUUCAGUGAACAGGGCUGAGCCAAAGAUGCAAACAGAUGACACACGGUACAGCAGUGGUGGUGGCGGUGGUGACCGUGGGGAUUAUCGUGGUGGUAAGGGUGAUGGUCCACCCCCUGGCAAUUGCUUUGAGUGUGGCCGUGCUGGUCACUGGGCUCGUGACUGCCCUAACCCUGGUGGCGGCCGUUCUGGGCGAUUUCCUUCCAAGUUCAGUGGUGGCGGUGGCAGGGGAGACCGCUUUUCUGGAUCAGACAGGUUUGGCGACCGUUACGUGGAUGAUCGCUAUGAUGGUGGCCGUUAUGGUGGGUACCGUGAGCCUAUUGACAGCAGAGACAGAUAUGACGGGGGCCGUGAUCGUUAUGCCAGUGACCGGUACCCCUCUGGUGGUGACCGCUUUGGUGCAGACAGGUAUGGUGCAGCUCCAGACCGUUAUGCACCAAGUGGUGGUGGAGGUGGCUAUGGCAGGGAGCGGGAGAGAAGCUACGAGAGAGAUGGAAUUCGUGGUGGUGGCGCCUAUGACAGGAGUGGCCCAAGGGGCGGUGCAAGCUAUGACAGGGACGGCCCAAGGGGCGGCAUCGGUGGUGGCUAUGACAGGGACGGUCCACGUGGAGGCGGCGCCGACUAUGGCAGCGGAGGGCCUGCUCGCUACGAGGGAGGAGGUUACAGGGAGAGGCCUGCGCCGUAUGACCGCCCCAGGGGAGGAGGACGCUUCGACGACCGCUAUUAGUGACCUGUUGCUGCAGUCGAGCUAUGUAUUUGCGUUUUAACUCUUUCCAGUUUGGCAUGGCCGAAUGCUUGAUGAGUACUCUGUCGGCACGGUUAUCUCUUUUCUGUACUGCAAAUGUUACUCCCCGUGGGCACUGGUAGUUUACCCAGCAGACUGUUUCCGUGCUGAGGGUGAAUCUGUCAUGCCCUGGCUGCUGCCUACCUUUGCUGAAUGAUGGUUUAUGUACUUCUGCAUGAUAUUAUCGAUCUGAACUUAUGAAA